GUAAAAAAAGACAUCACUAACAACAACGAUUCAAAAGCAGAUACCAAAAUCUCGACGAUUAGGUGUUGCAGGUAAACAAAAGCGUUUAGUUCGGUGAUUAUACCUGCAACGGUUCUAUUCCUGUACAAAACUUGACUGCAUCGCAAUGGCAGAACUUUGUAGUGUUCCGGAAUGUCCCGGGAAUAUUGCUUUGGACGAUUCCCUCGCUUUCUACCAUUUCCCCCGUAAUCCCAAACGUAUCAAGGACUGGUGCGCAAAACUUUGUCUCCCUAGCACGCAACGGGAUCACGAUUGGUCCGCAAAGUGUGUCUGCAGUAGACACUUCUCGCCGGAACAAUAUGUAUCAAGAGCUCGACUCAAACCGGAUGCAGUUCCUGAUUGCCACGUUCCUGUUAUUAAGCAAGAAUCAGAACGUCAACAGUUCCAGAACUGUAAGGAUACAGUGGACGCAUUGGAAGAUAAAAGACCUAACGAGGAGGAAAUUUCUAUCAAGGACACCUUUGUGGCAGAUGAAAAUUUUGCUUUUUGUCCACCGCUGGUUGCGAUAGACAGCCUUGACAUGAUCUGUCGAUUGUGUUUGACCAGAGAUGCAGAGGGGACGUUCGAGACUAUUUUUACGAACGAUUUUGUUCAUUGCGUUUUACAAGCGACUGGACUUGAGAUCCAACAGGAUCACGGUUAUCCGUAUAAGGUUUGUCAGACUUGUACGGAGAAAAUAACUUACAUCAACCGAAGUCGGGAAUGGUUUCACAAAAAUGAUAAAUUUCUGAGAACGUUGAUAGAAGAACAUACGCUUGUCGAAAACAACAACAUCGGAAAAACCCAACAGGAGGAUAAUUCUGACGCCAGUUGCCUCAUUGUUCCCGAAUCUUCGGGAACCUGUCCCACACCAACUGAAACAGUGUUCAUCAAAGAGGAGAACGGACUAGCCAGCGAGAUAGAUGUACACAACUCUAGCCCUAUAGAAGCAGAAGAAGUUACCCCCGAUCAGUUGGGCGUACAGUGGGUAGAAGACGGUGCCGUGGACGUUACGGGGUGCAACAAUACAACGGAAAUCAUUCCAAGGAAAAUACCGAAGAAACGGGACAAAACUUCCGACAACCAUGGAAAAUUCAACUGUAACACAUGCUUCCGGGAAUUCGAUUCGCUAGUUACACUACGGCGCCAUGCCAGCCACCACCGAAGUUUCUACCCCUGUCGGGAAUGCGGUGUGUCAUACUUUAAUCCGAAAACGUUGGGGCUACACAUCGAGAAAUACCACAGCACGCAAACGGAUGACGCGCUGACCUGGAAGAAACAGGACGAGUACGACCUGAUCAAGGAAAUGUCGGAAGCGUUCAACGGAACGCGGAAGAAGUGAAGGCGUUUUUUUUGUUUUGUAACCAUCAGUUUGAUAGAAGAAUAAAAUUUCUCAUUGGUUUAACAAAAAUAUUUCAAAGUUGACAUCGGAUUAGAGGGAAGCAAACUAUUUGCAUGUUUGCAGUCAAAAAGUCCAAUUUCGCGAAAAAAAAAAUAAAAUCGUUCAAAUUUUGUGGUUCUUAUUCUAUUCGCCUAUAUUUUGAUUCACAAAGAGCGACCAGCAUUUGCCUAUGGAGUAGAAUAAAAUGCCAGAACAGAUUUCUUCUGUUGAAUAACAUCUCGUAAAAAA